GUGAAACGGAAGAAGACGCUCGGCAGGCCGGAAGUGCUGAGAAAGAAAACACAAUAUCUGCCUUGUCUUUCUCUCCGCAGGGAACACCUUGGACGUCGCGGACAAACAAACAUGGAACACGGGAAGACGCCGAGUCUCCGGGUGUCACUUUUCGUCUCUUUGGUCUAUUUUGCCACCCGCCUCGGCGACGCGGACGCCAGCAGGCUUCACUGGAGACGGAGCGCCCCGACGGAGGAAAACUACAACAAAUACUACAAUUAUGUGGAACUAACUAGUCGCCUGCGGACGUACGCGCAGAAGUACCCGCACAUAGCCAACUUGUCCAGCCUAGGCCAGUCCGCGCAGGGCCGGGAGCUGUGGACGAUGCGCAUCACCAGGGACCCCCACGUAGACUCGCCCGGGAAGCCCGGCUUCAAGUACGUGGGCAACAUGCACGGCGACGAGACCGUGUCCAGGCAGGUCCUGGUCUACCUUGUGGAGUACUUGCUGAGCGAGUACGAGCGGCAACCGCGUAUCGGCGCGCUGGUCAACACCACCGACAUCUACAUCAUGCCCAGUAUGAACCCUGACGGCUUCGAGGUGUCCAAGGAGGGGGACUGCGGCGGACACGCCGGGGGGAGGAACAAUGCCAAGAACAUGGACCUGAACAGGAGCUUCCCCGACCAGUAUGAUGGCGUCACUGCAACAGCUGAAACCAUCCCCGAGGUCCUGGCUGUGAUGAGAUGGAUUCAGCAGAAAAAGUUUGUUCUGUCGGGUAACCUGCAUGGCGGCACUGUGGUCGCCAGUUACCCUUUCGACGACUCGGCCUCCCAUCCGCAGCAAGGGCAAUACAGCCCCUCGGCGGAUGACGGCCUUUUCCGCUACUUGGCCCGAGAGUACUCAAAGAACCACCCGGUGAUGAGGACUGGUCAGCCCAACUGUACCGAAUCCCCAGACGAGACCUUUGAAGAUGGCAUCACCAACGGGGCGCUGUGGUACGACGUAUCAGGAGGAAUGCAAGACUACAACUACGUGUAUGGAAACUGUCUUGAAAUCACCAUGGAGCUGAGUUGCUGCAAGUAUCCUCUUGCUGCCGAGCUCCGUAAGGAGUGGGAGCUAAACAAAGAGUCUCUCCUGGCCUACAUGGAAAAGGUCCAUAUUGGGAUUCGUGGCUACGUAAAAGACAAGGCCAGUGGUUCAGCCCUCCCCAACGCCAGCAUUGUGGUGGCAGGCAUCCGCCACAAUCUGACCACUGGAAACUAUGGAGACUACUACAGACUCCUGCUCCCGGGAGUCUACAACGUCACCGCUGUAGCCACAGGGUACACGCCAGUCACCGUCAACAAUGUGCAAGUUUUGGAAGGAAACGCCACCCGGCUAAAUUUUACAUUAGAGACAGUGGCCGUUGAGCAAAGUCUUGCAAGCAACAUGUCUCUGACCAUGCCCUUCACGCCGCCAACCACUGCUCCUCCACCAGCCUCCACCUCGAUUACCAACACCCGUGAACCCACACCCACCCAAGUGGUGUCCUCUGCGGGAAGUCCCAGCACGUCCUCCCAGUUACCACCUCAACCGCUGCCCAUUCAACCCCAGGAUUUCCGGCACCACAACUACGCUGACAUGGAGCUCUUCUUACGCAAAUACAGCAGCGAGUUCCCGUCCAUCGCCCAUCUUUACUCAAUCGGCCGCUCGGCGGAGGGCCGGGAACUCUACGUCAUGGUCAUCUCGGAUAACCCUGCCGUGCAUGAACAUGGUGAACCCGAGUUUAAAUAUGUCGGCAACAUGCAUGGCAAUGAAGUAGUGGGCCGGGAGUUGUUGCUCAACCUCAUCGAGUACCUGUGCCUUAACUACGGCACCGACCGGGAGGUCACGGAGUUGAUCAACGACACUCGUAUCCACAUCCUGCCUUCCAUGAACCCUGACGGCUACGAGGUGGCCACUGAAGGCGAUGUAAGAGGCACCAGAGGCCGCAACAACAGCAAAAACUAUGACCUGAAUCGCAACUUCCCAGACCAGUUUGCCACCGUCAAGGAUCCAAGACAGCCAGAGACCGUCGCCGUAAUGAACUGGCUGAAAAGCAACCCGUUUGUCCUGUCCGCUAAUCUCCAUGGAGGUUCUUUGGUGGUCAACUAUCCCUUCGAUGACGACAGAGAAGGGAAAACAAAGUACAGCAAGUCUCCUGAUGAUAAGAUUUUUCAGCAGUUGUCUCGUGCGUAUGCGCAGGAGAACCCUCUGAUGCACAGUGGACACCCUUGUGUGGAACUCUACCCCAGGGAAUACUUUGCAGACGGCAUCACCAAUGGUGCCAACUGGUACAACGUCGCUGGUGGCAUGCAGGACUGGAACUACGUCAACACCAACUGUUUUGAGGUGACAAUAGAGUUGGGUUGCGUGAAGUACCCCCGGGCCAAGGAUCUGCCAAACUACUGGGAGCAAAAUCGACAAUCUUUGCUUCAGUAUAUCCACCAGGUUCACAGCGGGAUUAAAGGCACCGUCUCGGAUAUAAGAGACAAUUUGGGGAUCCCCAAUGCCACCAUUCACGUGGAGGGCAUCGACCACAACGUCAGCACAGCUCUGACUGGGGAUUACUGGAGACUGCUGGUCCCUGGGACCUAUUCUGUCACCGCCUCUGCCCAUGGAUAUCAUCCUGUGAGGACAUACGCUACCGUGGCCCAGAAGGGAGCAGAGCUGGUGGACUUCAGACUGACACGGGUUCACUCGGACCUGAAUGGCCUGUCGCCCUCGGGACCCAAGCCCACCCAAAACCCAUCUGAGGAAGAGUUUAAGAGUUUGAUCAAGGACCUUUCUCUCGGCCAGGGUCUAGAACAGUUGGUCCGGAGCACAGACACGGAGAACAGCUUCAGAUUCCGAGGUUACAAGGAGCGGUCUGCAUUCCUCCGAGGCCUAACGCUCAACUUUCCCAAAAUUACACUCUUACACAGUUUGGGCCAAAGUGUCGAGUUUAGAACCAUUUCGGCGCUGGAAAUCUCCAACAACCCAGGAGAGGUUGAGCCCUCUAAGCCCAAAGUCCGCUUUGUGGCAGGGAUCCAUGGUAACGCCCCUGUAGGCACUGAGCUGCUGCUGGAGUUUGCUGCCUUCUUAUGUAUCAACUAUGGCAAGAACGCAGCCAUUACAAGGCUCAUCAAUGAGACGAGGAUCGUGAUUGUGCCGUCAAUCAACCCUGAUGGAAGAGAACAAGCGGCCGAGACGCAGUGCACUUCCACACAGGGUUUCAGCAAUGCCCACGGCAAGGAUCUGGACACAGACUUCUUUGGCAACGCAUCACAGCGUGUGGUGGAGCCACAGCCGGAGACCAAGGCGAUGAUGGAUAUGAUAUUAGAUAAAGGCUACACUCUGUCUGUGGCCCUCGAUGGAGGCUCCCUUGUGGCUACUUAUCCAUACGAUAAGCCUGUCCAAUCAGUGGAGAAUGAAGGCACUCUCAAGUACUUGGCGAGUGCGUACGCCAACAACCAUCCCAAGAUGCACCUCGGUGACACAGGAUGUUCAAAUAAUGGGCAGACAAGCAACAUUCCAGACGGAGUUAUGAGGGCAGCAGAGAGACAGAGCCACAUGGGCAGUAUGAAGGACUUCAGCAUGGACUUUGGCCACUGUCCAGAGAUCACCGUGUACACUGGCUGUUGUGUGUUUCCUCCAGCCGAGCAGCUGGCCACACUCUGGGCGGAGAACAAGAAGCCUCUUCUCAGCAUGUUGGUGGAGGUCCACAAAGGGGUACGAGGUGUGGUGAGAGACAAGAGCGGGAAGCCCAUCGUCGGCGCCAUCAUCGUCCUGAAUGGGGGAGUGAGAGUGUUCACCGGUGAGGGCGGCUACUUUCGCGCACUGUUGGCUCCGGGGAACCACAACAUCGAAGCGGUCGCCGAAGGCUACCAGCAACAACGACAAGAGGUGGUGGUGUCCUGCUACGAGGCCGCCAGCGCCAUCGUCAUCGAGUUCGACACCGACAACCGCAUCUUCGGCCUGCCCAGGGAGUUUGUGGUGGCCAGCGCAGCCGCCUCCAUGACGGCGCUGGUGGUGACGGCGUGCAUCAUCUGGUGCGUGUGCGCCGCCAAGUCCAACCGGCAGAAGGACGGCUUCCACCGCCUGCGGCAGCACCGGGACGACUACGACGACGAGAUCCGGCUCACCUCCAUGGGCUCCAAGAAGUCCCUCCUGGCGCACGAGUUCCAGGACGAGAGCGAGAGCGACGAGGAGACGCUGUACGCCAACAAAAUCUGAGCUUUUGUUGUGGGAACACCGAGCAAUACCGGCGAACUUCCUCUUUCGAGACUGACGCCAGACUGAGGAAGACAGUUUUUUUUUUUUUGCAGCGACGCGUUCACAGCCAGUAAAUCUCAGUUACCUCACCAGUCACGAAAUCCUGCCGAUGCCUUCCUUUGUCACCUAAAAACGUGCAUCGCUCCUCCGUCCUGCCUCAGCAAGUUCCCUGAAUCCCUGAGAAUGCAACAGGAAUGUUUUUGUUUUCUUCCCUCCACAAUAAAAGCCUCCGGCGAGCGCGUCCAAUCCCGUGCCUUGGCGUCUGGAAAACUGCGACGUAGCGAAAAAGAACAAGAUCUGGAUGGAUCCAAAAGAAUCCUCUUGCACAUUCUGCGUGCGUGGUUCCAUCAAGGGAGAGACUCCAAAGGGCGAGCUCCUUACACGUGAUCCGCAGGAAGUGCAGGACCUUGGCGACUUUUUUUUUUUUUUUGCACUGAAAGAAGAAAUCUGCCUGAGGAAGAAGAGAAAAAUUAAUAAUCUCAAAGAGAAUGUCUUUUUUUUUUUUUAUCUUGUUUUUAUAGGUUUUUUUCAACGGUUGUGUGAAAAAGGCAAGUAUCCGACUCGUUCAUGUCAAAGUCUGCCCUCGCUUUAAUCAAGGAUGUCCCAGUUAGAGAUUGACCGAUUUUGGGGGCCGAUAUUUGGCGUUUGGGUUUUAUUUUCUAUUGGUAUCGGCUUUUUAAAAAAUAUGUAAACAAAAUUGCAAAUAUGGCACAAUUAUUUAGAGGAAGUGUCAAAAAAUGGGUAUUCGAAUGAAUCACGAUUCCUAUGAUUAUUAAUCGAUUAAAAAAAUUAAAAAAACAUUUUUUUUUCUUUUUAAAUAAGUCUUUUCCAGCCAGGCAAAUCAUAUUGUUAUACAAAUAAGUGCUACAAAUAUUGUUUAUUUUAUGGAGGAAUGUAGUUAAUCAUAGAAAUGGCACCCGUUGUUAUCAAAGUGCUGAUGAUGAAUCGAGACUCGUUUUGAAUGGAAUCGUUACCCCCAAGAAUCGAAUCGUGUGCUAACCAAAGAAUCACAGCUCUAGUAUUUAAAUAAAAAAAAAUAGGAAAGUAGAUAAAUAACCACACUGGAAAAAAUGGUAAAGUAAAAAAAAUAUACCAAUGGAAAAAAUUAAAAAUGGUCUUGAUAAAGUUUUUUUUUUUUUUUUUUUUUAAAUUGAUUUUUGAAUGAAUCACGAUUGUUAUCAGUAACGAUUCUUAAUUUUUUAAAAUAUUUUUUUAUUUAUCAGUCUAUUCCACUCUGGCAAAUGAUAUUUGUGAUGUAUUUUAUGGAGGAAUGUAGUUAAUCAUAGAAAUGGCACCCAUUGUUAUCAAAGUAUUUAUGAUGAAUCGAGAAUCGUUUUGAAUGGAAUCGUUACCCCCAAGAAUCGAAUCGUGUGCUGACCAAAGAAUCACAGCUCUAGUAUUUAAAUAAAAAAAAAUAGGAAAGUAGAUAAAUAACCACACUGGAAAAAAUGCAAAAGUAAAAAAAAAUAUGCCAAUGCAAAAAAUUAAAAAUGGUCUUGAUAAGGUUUUUAAAAAAAUAAAAAUAAAAAAUAGAUUUUUGAAUGAAUCACGAUUGUUAUUUGUAACGAUUCUUAAUUUUUUUUUAAAUAUUUUUUUAUUUAUCAGUCUAUUCCACUCUGGCAAAUGAUAUUUGUGAUGUAUUUUAUGGAGGAAUGUAGUUAAUCAUAGAAACAGCACCUGUUGUUAUCAAAGUAUUGAUGAUGAGUCGAGAAUCGUUUUGAAUGGAAUCGUUACCCCCAAGAAUCGAAUCGUGUGCUGACCAAAGAAUCACAGCUCUAGUAUUUAAAUAAAAAAAAAUAGGAAAGUAGAUAAAUAACCACACUGGAAAAAAUGCAAAAGUAAAAAAAAUAUGCCAAUGGAAAAAAUUAAAAAUGGUCUUGAUAAAGUUUUUUUUUUUUAAAUAAAAAAAAAUUGAUUUUUGAAUGAAUCACGAUUGUUAUUUGUAACGAUUUUUAAUUUUUUUUAAAUAUUUUUUUAUUUAUUAGUCUAUUCCACUCUGGCAAAUGAUAUUUGUGAUGUAUUUUAUGGAGGAAUGUAGUUAAUCAUAGAAAUGGCACCCGUUGUUAUCAAAGUACUGAUGAUGAAUCGAGAAUCGUUUUGAAUGGAAUCGUUACCCCCAAGAAUCGAAUCGUGUGCUGACCAAAGAAUCACAGCUCUAGUAUUUAAAUAAAAAAAAAUAGGAAAGUAGAUAAAUAACCACACUGGAAAAAAUGCAAAAGUAAAAAAAAUAUGCCAAUGGAAAAAAUUAAAAAUGGUCUUGAUAAGGUUUUUUUUUUUUAAUUUAAAAAUAGAUUUUUGAAUGAAUCACGAUUAUUUGUAACGAUUCUUAAUUUUUUUUUAAUAUUUUUUUUUUUUAUUAGUCUAUUCCACUCUGGCAAAUGAUAUUUGUGAUGUAUUUUAUGGAGGAAUGUAGUUAAUCAUAGAAAUGGCACCCAUUAUUAUCAAAGUAUUGAUGAUGAAUCGUUUUGAAUGGAAUCGUUACUCCCCAAGAAUCGAAUCAUGUGGUGACCAAAGAUUCACAGCACUAGUAUUUAAAAAAAUUAAUUAAGAAAAUGUGAAGUAGAUAAAUAACCACACUGAAAAAUAUGCCUCUCUUAAAGAGUAAAAAAAUAUAUUUUAAUGGUAAAAAAAAAAUCCGCCAAUUGAAAAAAGUCUAAAUUGUCUUGUGAAGGUUAAAAAAAACAAAAAAAUAUUUUUGAAUGAAUCAUGAUUGUUAUUUGAAACGAUUCUUAAUUAUUAUUUUUUUUUCUAAUUCAUAAGUAUUUUCCACUCUGGCAAAUGAUAUUGUUGAUGUAGAUGCUCAUAUUUGUUGUACAUGUAAGUACUUCAAAGAUUGUUUAUUUUAUGGAGGAAUGUAGUUAAUCAUAGAAAUGGCACCCAUAGUUAUCAAAGUAUUUAUGAUGAAUCGAGAAUCAUUUUGAAUGGAAUCGUUACCCCCAAGAAUCGAAUCGUGUGCUAACCAAAGAAUCACAGCUCUAGUAUUUAAAUUAAAAAAAAUAGGAAAGUAGAUAAAUAACCACACUGGAAAAAAUGCAUCUCUUAAAAAGUAAAAAAAAAUGGUUAAAAAAAAUCCGCCAAUUGAAAAAAAGUCCAAAUUUUCUUCAUAAGGUUUUAAAAACAAAAAAAAGAUUUUUGAAUGAAUCACGAUUGUUAUUUGUAAUGAUUCUUUAAAUUUUUUUGUUUUUUUUUGUUUUUUAUCAGUCUUUUCCACUCUGGCAAAUCAUAUUUUUGAUAUAUUUUAUGGAGUUAUGCAGUUAAUUAUAGAACUGAUGAAUCGAGAAUCGUUUUGAAUGGAAUCGUUGCUCCCCAAGAAUGGUAACCAAAUAUUCACAGCACUAGUAUUUAAA